AUGGACGACGAACCUCAAGUAUGGGAGGAUAUGGCAGCUGCCAAAAGAGCCAUCACGCUAGCGAAGAUCGCAGAGGAAUGGCGCCUCACCGAGGAGCAAAUCAAAGAUGCGAAGUCUCAGAGACAAAUUGCUGGUGAUUAUUUCCAAGGCUUUCUCACAGACGAGGAGAAGAAGAUUACCGGCGAAGAGAGCACGGCCAUCGUGGAAAAGAUCAAAAAUAAAGAGUACUCUGCUUUACAGGUUACCCAAGCUUACUGCAAGGCUGCCGCGAUUGCCCAUCAGAUGACUGCCUGUCUACAUGAAGUGUUCUUUGAUCAAGCUCUCGAAAGAGCAAGAUACUUAGAUAGCUAUCUGGAAAAGAACGGAGAACCAAUUGGCCCUCUGCAUGGCCUACCUGUCAGCCUCAAGGAUCAGUUUCAUGUUAAAGGCUAUGACACGACUAUGGGUUAUGUUGGCUGGAUCGACUCUUACGAGGGAGAAAAAAGUUCGGAUAACGUGCAUAAUGUUGACAGCCAGCUCGUGACAGAUCUCCUCUCACUUGGUGCUGUUCUAUACUGCAAGACGAGUGUUCCGCAAACUCUGCUGAUUGGAGAAACUGAAAAUAAUAUCAUUGGCCGUGUCCUAAACCCAUGGAAUAACAAUUUAUCAUGCGGCGGCUCUUCAGGAGGAGAAGGAGUAAUGCUGGCCCUUGGAGGCAGCUCUGUCGGCUUUGGGACUGAUCUUGGAGGGUCCGUUCGGGCACCUGCAGCGUUUUGUGGUGUCUAUAGCUUGAAGCCGAGUCAUAAUCGCUUGCCAUACAGGCAAGUUGCCAACACUAACCCUGGACAAAACACAUAUGCAUCCUCCAUUGGGGUUCUGUCGACUUCGCCUGAUGCUAUACACUUGAUGAUGAAGUCUAUGCUCUCUACCCAGCCCUGGCUCAGGGACCCUGAUGUUAUCAGCAUCCCCUGGAGGGAAGAAGUUGCGGCAGCAACGAUGGCCAGAGCUGGACCCGAUGGGUCGGCGAAGAGCGAUCAAAGGCCACUCAAGUUCGGUAUCCUUUAUACAGAUAACAUCAUAACUCCUCAUCCUCCUGUCACCCGAGGUCUUCAUGUCAUUGAGGAUGCGAUUAAAAAGGCUGGACACAAGGUCAUCCCCUGGAACCCUCCUGCGCAUAGUACUGGCAUUAAAAUUCAUCUGGCAUUUGUCGCAGCUGAUGGCGCCCACGAUGUCAAUAAGCAGCUGCACUUAUCCGGAGAACCUCCAAUUCCUCAAAUAAAGGAAAUUGCACGCUCCAGGAAGCCACAGCCAUUGUUGGAGUACCAGGAUCUCAUCCUACAGGGAAUCGACUACUCUGCUGCAUACGCUGAUUACUGGAACUCGACGGCUGAAGAAGACGGACAAAUAGUUGAUGCCGUUAUCAUGCCAGUGGCUCCAUGGGCGGCGGUUAUUCCUACGAAAUAUACCCAUACAGCUUAUACCGAAGUCAUGAACGUUACGGAUUACAGCGUUUCCGUGCUUCCUGUUACGAGAGCUGAUAAGAAUAUUGACAGGGCGGAUCCUGACUUCAAGCCAAUAAGUGACGCUGAUAAGGAAAAUUGGGAGCUUUACGACCCUGAACUCUUCGACAAGACCCCUGUCGGCAUGCAGCUGGUUGGUCGAAAGCACGAGGAAGAGAAGAUAUGGGCUGUUGGAAAGAUUGUUGAUGCCAUCUUAAAGAAUGCUUAG